AUGCGCCGUAAGGACUACGCGAAGUGUUGUGCAGCCUUUGGCAUCUUUGCAGAACGUCUCAUGUGAAAUCAGCACGCAAUAGCCUGAUUAAUCCCAACAACGACACCCCUGUUUAUUUGCACGAUAUUUCUCCCAGUUUGCUGGAUUGCCGUCACCUACCGUGAGACACCGUGCGGUCACGAACUGUGGAAUUUACACACUGGUGACGGAUUGUAGCCUGUUAGCAAGCAGCAGUUGCUAGCGAAAGCAACAAACCGUGCAAGCUUGCAAUCUCGGCAGAAAACGAACGCUUGAUGCGAGGAAUUAAAAUAAAGUUAGUGAUGCCAGAGAUGUUGCGUUGGGGUACGUGAUUGGGGGAGAUUUGGGCUGCAGCUGGACUCCUGAUGGAUAGAUGAAGAAGCAACAAGAGUGAACCACACUGCUGUUUGUCAACAAUCAGCUGAAACAACAUCCACAAAAAGUCAUGAUUUUGUAAACAAGCUAGCCAUGGCUUCUCGUGACGCUGACAAGCUCCCAAGUGACACCGGGGACUUGGAGAGCAUUUCGGGAUCACUCUCUAAGUGCGGCCCUCCUGACAUUACAGAGGAGCAUCUUCCAGAAAAAACAACUUUGACAGUGAAAGCUCAAAAAUCGGGGAAAUUUAGGACUGCGCUUUCAUUCUUUGGAGUUCGCAAAAGCAUGUGUCUCUUACCAAGCUUUUUUGGCGGGAGGAGUAAAAACCAGAGCAAGAAGGGAAUUUACAAAAGCAAAACUCAUGAUGGGCUAAGCCAAAUAACUCAUAAUGACGGCCUGAGAGGUGACUCCGCCUCCACUGGCGAUUUCGAGUACUGUAGUAGUGACUGUCCUGAAGCUCUUCAUGGCAAUGAAUGUUGUUUCCCCAGUGAACAGAAAUCGCAGUCGCUCACUAGACAGAAACGGGGUUUUAAAAGUUUUUUGAGUAGUUUCAAACAUCACAAAAACCAUCGAAACGAUAGUUUGGUUAAAACGGAGAUGACUGCAAUGUCUCCUCCUCAGUCUCUUGUCCAGAACAACCCCGAUGUCACACAGUGCCUGGAAUCUGAACCGGAUGUGCCUGAUUUUGCAAAUAUGAUGUGUGCUACUUCACUGGCACCUGAAUGUAAUGACACACAAGUCGUAAUUCUAGAGAAAAGCUCCGACCAAGAAAGUGCUACAAUCGAGUGUGAUAAUCAGUCGUGCGUUGAUCAAAUCGAUGAAAUCAAUUUGAUGGCUGUGGUUACCAGCGAAUACAAGGAAAAUGCUAGCGAGCCUCGUCUGUCACUUGAGAUGAUGCCCGAUCCGACGUUGAAGUCCGAAACACCCGCUGGCUCAUCCGAUCAACUCAACCUGAUUUACAGUGAGGUCGCCUCACUUAAGAGCUUCGAUUCACUCACCGGUUGCGGAGACAUCAUUGCGGAUCAAGAAGUUGACAGCAUCACAGAUGCCACAGUUUCCGGAGAAAGAAAUAGAAACGGAGGGAAGCGGACCUCCUGCUUUCUCACCUACCAAGGUGGUGGUGAAGAAAUGGCCUCCCCUGAAGAUUUAGACGAACAGUGUGAUUUCUGGGAAACGAAUGCAUCCGAGGAACUUCACUGUCCUUACAACCAGGACAGCAUGACUCCGACUGCUAGCACGCUGUCCUCGCACAAUAUGGACUUAGCGGACAGUAACAGCGCACAGCAAGCUAGCAGCAUCAACACUUCAGCUGAUGUGUUGACACCUCAAAGUGAGCAUCAAGAGUCAGUUCCUAAUAGUGAUGAGGGCUACUACGAUUCAACUACCCCAGGUCCAGAUGAAGGACAGGACCGGACAGAUCGACUAAGGCAGACUAACAAAUUACCCAGGGACAGUUACAGCGGGGAUGCCCUCUAUGAACUGUUUGCGACUGAUGAGAGUCUCAUCAGUCCGCACAAUGAAAGUAAAGCUAGACUGCCGACUUCCGUAAAUGUCGACUGUGAGACGAGGUACUUGUCAAUGACAUCGGACCCAGAUUCGAAAAUGUCCAAAGAGCACCAUCCAGAGGAAAACAAAGCGGACAGUUGCCAAACUGUUUGUUUCUCCCAAGCGCUGGUAGACUACGAGAAAAGCUCUCAGAUGUUGUGCGAAUUGCACAACGCAAGCGUGGAUGUCUUGGAGACGAGCAGCGCCUUCACCCCAAACAUGGAGGCCUUACCUACCAUCGUCACGUUCGAUGUGGUGGACGCGCAUAACGAGGGGGAAUAUGAGGAGCAGAUUCACAUGGAACUGGAGGAGGACAUUUCAUCACCCUAUCAGGACUUUGAAGACAGCUACCUCCAAAAAGAUGCUUUUGCCGACUAUCAAAUGUUAGAUCUGUACGAGCAGAGUCUGAUCAGCAGCACGUGGGCCAUCGCCAGUCUCCCACGGCACCUUGGCCUUACAAGACUAAGCCAGUCCAUGUCUAAUCCCUUGUCCCUAGACAGGAGGAGUCGGUCUCUGGACACGGAAAGCCUUCAGUUGCAGAUGCCCGCCACGUACAGAGAGAGCAGAGCUGCUAACCUUUCCCGUCCUCAAUCCGAAAGAGAUCCAGAGAGUGAUCCUCUGGCUUAUUAUAAAAAGAAGGGACUCGCGACAGAGGUUCGAGACGGCGCUACGUCCUUACCAUGGCAAAGCCGCUCAGAAAUGGCUUUAAGCCUUUCUUUGCGCCAUGACGACGGAACACAAACAGUUGAGAAACAGAACAUGUUUUCGGAUUCAUUCAGCAGGGGCUUACCCGACAGCGAAGGCCACCUUCACUCUGACGGGCCAAUGCCCGACGAUGUAACGUCACAAGACGCAGAGCUUUACAAUCGGCCGUGCCACCUGCCCUUGCAAACGUAUUGUUUACCUCAUAGCACCUUCGGUUAUUCAGGAAUCGAUACAUCGCGCGGCGCCGGUGAGGAUCCGUUACGCAAAGCCGCUGCUGAUUUGCACUCGUACAUGCAGUUUAGUCAAAGCAGACAAACGGCGGCCAGUAGGGAAAGAAUAGCUCAUUCGGGAAGUGCUGUGCCAACGGAAGACCCGCCCGCAACAAAAUGACCCUGAAAUUCUCAAUAAUAAUGUGCCAUCAAUUGCUGUGUUAUUUUAGUGAUGACUACUUACUUGAACAAUUCAUUUGAAACGUGCCGCACAAAAAAAAGAAAUCAAACAGUCAUGUUGAAUUGAGAAAGCCAAAUUGUUAACGGUUUCAUUGUAGGAAUGAAUGCUGGCGUUUUGGAAUCACCAAGCAUGUUUUACAAAAACAAUCUCACGUAUAUCCAGGUUUCAUCUGUUACUCUGAAGGCUUCUCAUCAGCCUGGUUUGCAUUUAACACCAGUUGCCUCUUAAAUUGUUUACUUGAUUCUAUCGUGUGGGUUUUUUUUUUUGUCAUCUCAUUUAGGGGUGAAGAGGCUUUUAGUCGUUUUAAUUUUGUCAUUUGGGUGGAGAGUACCGAAGGUUAGUUUAGAUUGUGUUGCAAAAGCAAAGAUGAAGUCAUAGUUCUUGCACAUUAGUGUAGAUAGUAAGGUGGGAUGAAGCUGGGUUAUUUGUGUUAACACAAGUGGAAUACUGCUUGACUGCCUGUGUGGUCCAAAAAGCAAAUUUAUGCAAACAAUUGCAUUAGAAUCAAGGAAUGUGGUUUGAAUAGAAAGCCCUGCCUCACGUUCAUAUCAUUCUUUUCCCUAUGCUUCUUUGGUUAGAUGACAUGAACAAAUGUCAUGGAAUGUUUUGUAUUUAUAUUCUCAGCUGUUUGUACCUUGUAAGAAAAUGUUGUCAAAACUUGUCUUCUGUCUUAUCUGUUACUUUGAAACAAAAUGUUUUGUCAACGUGAACACUGCCUUAAAAUAAAUAAACAAACAAAAAAAGCA